ACAAAGCAAAAACAAAAAAUGUCAUGAGAGUGCAUGAGAAUGUGUGAGUGUUAAAAGCAACAAUACAAUAGCAAAAAAAAAUAAAACAUUUUUGUUGUGGAAGAUAAAGCAAGCAAAGCAAAAACAACAAGAAAAUGUACAGAGGAAAAAAAGCGGCGUCAGUGGAUUUAAUUUGUUGAGUGUGUAAAGAGCAAAGAAAAAAGAAGGCAAUGAUUGUUAAGAAGAAAUUAAACAAAAUUUAUUAUUAAUUAAAUAAAAAUUAUAAAAUUUAACUCGAGAAAAGAAAGAAAAGUUUAUACUAAAGUACGAAAUAAUAAAACAAAGAAAUAAUUACAACAAGUUAAAAAAAAGAAACAAAGAAAAUUUUUAGUGUUUAUGGUUUUGUGUUUUCUAUGAAAUCUCAAGUUAACAAAAUGAUCAACACUUUAUUGGAGCAUGUGCCCAUUAAAAUGGAAGUUACUGAAGUGGAGGAAGAGGAGGUCAAUGAGAGACCAGCUAAAGACUUGAAGGCAGUAGAAAUGGCUAAAGAAGAUGAGGAUAUAAAUGAGACAGAUGAAGAUUUGGAUGAUGAGGAUGAAGAUGAUGAAGAAGACGAUGAGGAUGACGAAGAAGAUGAGGAUGAAGAAGAAGAGGAGUCUGAUACCGAAACCGAUGCCUUAGAAAUUGAGCAAGAAGCCACCAUGUUAAUAAGCAGUGAUGAAGAAGCUGAAUUGGAAGCCCAAAGAAUACGCUUCCCGGACAAAAUCGAAGGCAAGAAAUCCAGACGCGAUUCCUUAAAAACAUCACGCAGUUCUUCCAGGAAUAGCCAAAAUAGUAAUAGCUCUUCCACUAAAUCUGUUAACAAACUAAAAAACACAGAUGAAAACAACAAAGAGGAAACUCAACAGAAACAAAGAAUUUCACCUCGCCUCAAGCUGGCAGAGAACACUUUAGCAGCCGAAAACUUACAAAAAGAGCCACACAAUAACAACAACAACAACACUAACACUAUAACAGAAAAGAAAACGCAAAAUAAAUUACAGGAAAAUAAUGACAAAAACAAUAAACCCCUACAGCGGGUAAAUUCCAGCCAACCUGUAACACUCUCCAUUCCUCCAGCCAAAAGUCGCCGUGGUAGUAAUAACUCCACCUGUAGUCUAGCUUCCACUAUAGGCUCUGAUACUUCGGAAACAGAAUCCUGUGGCAAUAUAUACGUUUUCAAUCUACAACAAAAACUCAUAUUCAAUUGUGAGUUCUGUGAUCUGAAAUAUGGUGAUUUGGAAAACUUUGGUCGACAUCUCCAUGGCCAUAAACUCUUCCAUUUCGAUGAAGAUCCUGAAAAGGAAAAUGCCCCGCGUAAAUGUACGUAAAGCAAUCGUAAUAAUGCGCCAAAAGUAAACACCACCUCUAUCAAGAAAGAACCUCUACAAUGUUUUGAUUCAACAACUAUGGCGCCAGAACCACCUGUUGCCUUGCCUCUAUCCGUUUUAGCCGCCAUAGAAUCGUGUGGCAAUGUUUUCAUGCUGAAUCAUCGUAAAUUGUUUUUAGUCUGUGGCUAUUGUGAGUGUAAAUAUGCGAAUUUGGAUUUGUUUGAGAAACAUUUGCGUCAACAGCAUCGCAUUUUUGAGGGUUGUCGCAAUGAGUUGAAUGUGGUGCCUAAAGUGGAGAUAAAACAAGAAAUGUUUGUUAUUAGUGAUGUGGUGGGUGGUCAAUCAAGUCGUGCUGCCUCCUCAGGCUAUGGUUCCAUACCAGCAGAAAUUCCUUUAGAUAUUAGCAUAUCUCCAGAAAAUGAGCCCAACCCUACAGUUGUAAAUAUCUCGGAAAGACUCGUUCCUGCAGGAACAACUCAAGUUAUGGAAACUGUAAAUAUCAUUGAAGCUGUAAAAACUAUAGAUAAUGAAGACAACAACUCAGCCGCAGCAAUCAAGAAAUUACAAAACAAUAGAACCAAGAAAACUGCAAAAACCGCACAAAAUAAAGCUGCAACUGUUGUGGAUACGACAAAACAUAAGGAAAAUAAGAAAGCGACAAAAGCUGCAGAAGCCAAGAAACCAGCAGAAUCGGUAGAACCAGCUGAAAUAGAAACGAAAGAAUCAAGGAAACUUGCGAAAACAGAAGCUACAGCAAAGGUAGAAGUCAAAACAACGACAAAAUUGCAAGAAUCUAAUGAGGAAGCAACUGCUGUAGAGUGCACAGCAACCAAAGCCAGAAGAAAAUCAACAAGAGCGGUGGAUUUAAAUAAACCAGCAACACCAGAACCAGUAGAAGUUGUUGAAAACCAAAACCUACAAAAUCAGAAGCAGCAACAACUAGUAGAACCUAUAGAGGAACCUAUAACAACACAGGAACCGGCAGCAACUAAAGAAACCAGCAGAAAGUCUAGCAAACCGGCAGAAAUUAAAAAACUUACCAAACAGGAAGUAACUGAAACCGAACUAGAGCCGGAAACUAGUGAUAAUGAAAUGCAAUGUGAUGAAUGCGAUAAGAAAUUUACACGAAGAGAAAGUUUAAAAAUCCACAAGAGAGUACACACCGGCGAAAAACCCUUCCAGUGUGAUAUUUGUCAAAAAAGUUUCCGAGCCAAACAAAACCUGACCAUGCACAAAAAGUUUCACAUGGGAGAGGCUUCGAAAAACUUUGAAUGUGAACAUUGCGAUAAAAAGUUUCUACGUAAUACCGAUCUUAAGGUGCAUAUGAGAACGCAUACGGGUGAAAAGAAAUUCAAAUGUGGCAUUUGUCUACAGGGUUAUGCUUCCAAACUUAAUGUCCAAACACACAUUGAAAGAGACCAUUUGCCAGAGGAUGGUGUGGUGGGUAAACCGCCUAGAGGUAAAAAGAAAUCAGGACCCAAUUCUAAGGUUUUAAGAGAAGAAUUGGAAUAUCAAAAGAAAAUAAUACACGAACUGCAACAGGCUAAGAUAGAGAAGGAUAUUAAUAAAACUACUUUGGGUACAGCUCCAGCAGCAACAGCUCUUAGUGUAGAAAAGCAAUUGCAGGCAGAAACCCUUCAUUAUCAGCAGCAGCAGCAGGAUACCGAAAUGCAAGAUCUUAAUGCUGAUCCUGUCAAUGAUAUUAUAGAACAAAUACAAAAUGAAAUACUUUUAGGCGAACAGCAAAGACAACCGGAAAAUACACAAGUCAAUGCCGUAACCUAUAUCAUUAAUACGAUGUCUGAACCCAAUGAAGUAUUAAAUCUAACAAAUGAUACAACUAACAAGACAACCCUUAUACUAGAGCCACAGCCCAAUGAAUUAUUAAAUUCUCCUGAAGAUAUUAAACCCACUUUAAUGCAGGUAGUUAAACGUUAUUGCUGUGAACAGUGUAAUCGCUCCUUUAAGAAACACAUACGUCUGGUGGAACAUCAACGCGUGCAUACGGGUGAAAAACCUUUUGAAUGUGAUGAAUGUGGCAAACAGUUUCGCAUACGCAUGCGUUUAAGUGAACACAAACUACGACAUUCCAAGGAAAAGAAAUUCAAAUGUGAAGUCUGUAAUCUGGGCUGUUGUACUAAACAGGAUUUAAAUCUACACAUGCGUCAUCAUACCAAUGACAGACGUUUCCAAUGUUCCAUGUGCCCCAAGGCAUUUGUACGUAGUUCAGAUUUGAAAAUACACGUACGCGUUCACACCGGUGAGAAGCCCUUCGUUUGUGAUAUUUGUCACAAAUGUUUCCGAGCCAAUCAGAAUCUAAGUGUUCACAAAAAAUCUCAUAUGGGUGAUGCUUCCAAAACCUAUCAAUGUGAACAUUGUGAUAAGAAAUUUAUGCGUAAUAUUGAUCGUAAAGUUCACAUGAGAACUCAUACUGGAGAAAAGCCUUAUAAAUGUGAGAUAUGUCAACGUGGUUACUCUUCUAGAUAUAAUGUACGCGCUCAUAUAGAAAGAGAUCAUAUAUCGCCUCAUGGCGUUGGAUCGCCACCUAAAAGUAAAAAGCGUCCUGGACCUAAACCUAAAGGUUUAAAGGCUGAAUUGGAAAAACAAAAGAAACUUAUAGAGGAACUACAAAAUCAACUAUUACAACAAAUUAAAACUGAUGAAAAAAUCAUUAACUGUGAAGAGGAAAUCUUACCCCAUGAUACUCUACAAGAUAGCACCAUAACGGCUUCCACACCUUUAAUCAGCAGCUCCAACAUAAGCCAUGAUCCCAUACAAAGUGCUUAUGAUUUACUAAAUAAACUCAAAUCGGCCUCAACUACCUCUAAACCUUUAACUAUAAUACCCUCUCCACCACCUCUAAAGGACAUUGGCUCUAAUCCCUUUACCAAAGCCAAAAAGGCCGCCACUUCCACAUUACUACCUCUUACUAUAACACAAAAAAUUGAACAACAUUCACCGGCUCCUUCAACGGCCUCCUCUAACACGUCACUAUCAUGUCUCAGUACACCCUCACCACCCAAGACCACAGCCACUAAAGUAGUGUCACAAAAAACCUCUUUAGGUAUACAACAAGUAUCGGUGACAGUGUCUAUGCAAGUGGAAAAUGUAACAACAGCCACUACUCCUACUACUCCCGAAAAAGAGAAUGCUGGCAUUUUGACAACAAGCACAACAAGCGGUGGUAUACAAACAACGACAUCAUCGGCGUCUAGUGUUAAGAAAGAAAGGAAAAUAACAAGUUAUUUUACGGUGGUGGGUCAAAAGGCAGAUGUUUAGGAGUUCAAAAACACACACACUCAAGAAGGCAAGUUUAUGGUGAACUAACAGGAGUUUUAUAAGGUAAACUGAAUAGAUUUUCUUUGCAAAUAACUUAAGAGUUAAAAGACAAUAAAAUAAGAUUUUGUUUAAAAUGUACUUUUUUAUAAUUAUUUACAUAUUAAUUUAAAUACUUUUUUUUUA